UCAGAAAGCGUCUUGCUCUCUGCACACUCAAGAGUCCGCGUCGACCCCAAGAUCCAAUAGUACGGAAGAUAGCUCACACCAUGUCUUCCAAGAAGAUUGUGAUCAGAGCCGAUCUCAUCGGCAAGAAGUGCACGAGUGGGAUCCUGUCAAUUGUUUCCAAGCUCGAGGGCAUCAAGUCCAUGGUCGUGGACGAGGACAAAUGCACGCUGACGGUGGUCGGCACCGUGGAUCCUGUGUGCGUCGUGCACCAGCUGAGGAAGUCGUGUUUCGCCGCCUCCAUCGUCAGCGUGGAGGACGACAAGCCAAAGGAGAAGAAGAGCCCCUGUCAGGAGGCCUGCGAGAAGGCCUGGAAGGACAGGUACGAGAAGGUCUGCAAGGAGAAGUGCGAGAAGGCUUGCAAGGAGCCAUGCUGCGACGACUGCGGCGGGAAGGGAACUCCGUAUGGCGGCUACGGGUACCGCUGCACGCCGGGCUGCUACUCCAGCCCCUGCGGCCUCCCCAGCUGCCACUAUUACAGCAACGGCUACGGCUACGCCUACGGCGUGCGCGCGCCGCACCUGGGAUACACCUGGUACGAGUAGAGGUCGCCCGGAACCGGAGGAUGAUGCGCCAUCGCUGCCCAGGUGGAGCGCAUGGCCGUAUCUGUACUCGUUACGAUUGUACCGUGUGUGUGCGUGCGCGCGCCCUGUGUGUUUAGUACACGGAGGGAGUAUUUUAUUUCAUACGCAUUUGUUUUGUGUACAGCGGUGAUGCCCUUGGUUACUUCAGUCUUUCAAGUACUCAGCACUCGGCACUUUUUAAUUGUUUCUCAGUCCAGCAUCCGAGCAUCCGUUUGUUUGUUUGUUUCUUGAUUGAGAUUCGAGCAAUUUGGUG